CGGAGCGGCUCCCAGCGCCAGCCGUGCGCGCUCCGCCGCCCCUCUCUGCGCCGCCGGGCAACGCCAUGAAGCCGGCGGUGCUGGAAAUAAUGAGGAUGAACCGGGUGUGCAGGAUGGUCCUGGUCACUUCCGUGGGCUCCUUCAUCCUCGUCAUCUUCUAUUUCCAAAGUAUGUUGCACCCAGUAAUGCGAAGAAAUCCAUUUGGGAUGGACAUUUGCUGUCGGAAAGGAUCCAGAAGCCCACUCCAGGAACUAUAUAAUCCAACCCAGUUGUCCAACACAGCAAUUCUUCAUCAGAUUAGACGAGACCAAGUGACAGACACGUGCCGAGCAAACAGUGUGUCCAGCAGGAAGCGCCGCGUGCUGACACCCAAUGAUCUCAAACACCUGGUUGUGGAUGAAGAUCAUGAAAUGAUCUAUUGCUAUGUUCCCAAAGUGGCCUGCACAAACUGGAAGAGAGUCAUGAUGGUUUUGACGGGAAGAGGCAAAUACAGCGAUCCGAUGGAAAUCCCAGCCAAUGAAGCCCACGUGUCUUCAAACCUGAAGACCCUCAACCAGUACAGCAUCCCAGAGAUCAACCACCGCUUGAAAAACUACAUGAAGUUCCUCUUUGUUCGUGAGCCUUUUGAGAGACUGGUGUCAGCCUACAGGAACAAGUUCACCCAGAAGUACAACACUUCCUUCCACAAGCGAUAUGGCACCAAAAUCGUGAGGCGCCAGAGGAAAAACGCAACCCAGGAAGCUCUGCGUAAAGGUGAUGAUGUGAAAUUUGAAGAGUUUGUGGCAUAUCUCAUUGACCCACACACCCAAAGAGAAGAGCCCUUCAAUGAGCACUGGCAGACUGUGUACUCCCUCUGCCACCCUUGCCACAUCCACUAUGACCUCAUAGGAAAAUACGAAACGCUCGAAGAGGAUUCGAAUUACAUUCUCCAGCUGGCAGGAGUAGGCAACUACCUGAAAUUCCCCACCUAUGCAAAGUCUACGAGAACUACUGACGAAAUGACCACAGAGUUCUUCCAGAACAUCAGCUCCGAGCACCAAACGCAGCUGUAUGAAGUCUACAAACUUGAUUUUUUAAUGUUCAAUUACUCAGUGCCAAGCUACCUGAAAUUGGAAUGAGGGAUGGGUUGGGGGGAGAGAGGGGAGAGAAAGCCUGUUUUAUUUAAGAUUUUUAUUUGUCAUAAUAAAUAAGGAGAAUGGGUUAUUUUGUAAAUUAAUAUUUUCUUUUUUUGAAUGAUGCUGCGAGCAGCACAGUCAAAAUUAUUUAAAUCAACUGUAAGAAAGGACAGCUCUCUUUGCAGGGUAACAGGAUUGUGACGAUCUAGCUGUAGAAAUGACUAAUACUGCUACACUGUUUAAAAAAUGUUGUGUUCUGGUGAAUUUCAUUGAUCUUGCAUUCCUCCAAUUCUAAUUAAUGUUAUUUAUACUUAUUUAAAACAUUGUCUCUUGGUAGGUGUCACUUCAGCAGCAGAGAUAACAUAAGAUUUGGAGAAAAGGAGUCUGGGUUUGUGCUUUCCUCAGUUGAGCUUGUCUCUGGGUAUUACUCUUCCAUUAGCCGUUGAUUCAGGUAAAUACAGAAAUGGUUGUUGAUACCACAUGCUUUGAGAAGAGUGGUGGAAAUAAGUUCUUCAGAAAGUGAUAUUGCACUCUACACUAGUACAAAAUCUAUCUUUCUAGCCCUGAAAAGGAAAAGUAAAACAGACUUGGGUAGAUUUGUGCUAUAUAAAACCCAUGACUGAAAGAAAUGUGAAUGUAUUCCUCAGUAAGAGAAACCUUGAACCUUUUAUAAAUCCUAUUGAGCUUAUCAAGAAUAUGACCAGUCUCAUUGUCUCUUAAUUUGGGCCUGCCAGCCCAAAAAAAAGCAGAUUUGCAGAUGGUCCAUUAGAAAAAACCCAGCAUUUUGGAAAUGACUGUAAGAGAUUUUUGAAUGCUCAAAGCAAUUGGCAUUGACUUAAUUCAUAUCCAGGAUGGGGCUGAGGGAAACUUCAUCUCUGCAAGUCGGCCCUCCCUAACAAAUCUUAAGAUGGACAACCAAAACUGGCUCGAGAGACCCCAGUCAUGAUACGUUGCUAUAAAUGAUCUGGGCAUGUCAUUUGAAAAGUCAAAAAGUCAUUUUCAUGUUGAUAGCAUGCAAGACAAUAAAAAAGGUCUCAUCGUCCCACAUGCUGGUUUCAUGGCUUUUUCCUAGGGGGAAGAGGAAGUCUUCUUUUUGCAGUUGAUGCCUAAAUACUAUUGACAGGGAUGUUUCUAAAUUCCAGUGGAUUAGAAAUUCAUCUUAAGUGAGCCCUAGUGUAAGGCCAUGACCUUUUGCAUUAAGGUGAAUGUCUCAGUACUGGUUGUUUUGUGUAUUACAGCUUGUUGGGAUGACAGAUUGUACCAGUCACAAUGGUUUUGGGCAAGCAAAUAGUAAUCUAUUCACACCAAAUAAAUAAUGAAAAAUGAGAUGUCAGAGUGGAUCUGUUAGCCAGCUAGUGAGAGCAGAAGAUCAGGCUUCUCCAAAGGUUUGCUUCAGUUUGAUGCAGGUGAGGUGCAUGGCCUGGGGAAUGCUCUGUAGCCACCCAAGAUGUCCUGUCUGGGGGUGUCAGCGCCAUCAGAGAGCUGAAGGGCAAAAGGAGGCAGAGGCUUAAAUUGAGGCACUUAUGGGAAUCUAAAAUCUGUUUUAAAGUUGAUAGACAGUUAAAAUGGGGUUUUUGAAUUGCCUGUGUGUCAAUCUUAUGAUCGAAACAAACCCUUCCAGAAAUUACUGGUGAUUUAAAUAAACUCAAUUGAAGGCAGAGCUGUUUUAACAGUAUCAGAGCCAGAUCCUGAAAAUGUAUUGUACAGUAGCCAAUAAUAUCCACUGAAUUACAUUAGUUUCCAGGACACAAAUGUGAUUAAAGAAGAAAAAUAGUUUGCAUCUUAUUUGAUAAAAAUAAGUUGCUGAAUAAAUCUCAUAGAAAAAAAA